UUUUAAAAGAUUGGCUGGAGUCAGUUUAUCUUUAUUGAUUAUAGUCUUGAUUGCAGUGCUCUGCAUUGUCUUUAAUAUGCCACAUAUAAAACAAAUAGACGCGGAUACGGAGAUUUGUCUUCAUAGUAAUGACAAAAAAUUAGAAUGUGGCAAAACAACAAGAUUACUACAAGAACUCUUUGAAAAGGAAAUUGCAUCUGCAUAUGCUGCAGCUGAGAAACAGGACAAUAUUCAAGCUCAAAAAUACGUACAAGAUGCCUCAAAACACGACGUAGAGCUAUUGACAAACUACAAAAACACACUGUGGUACAAAAAGCCAUAUGCAAAAGUUCUAGGCAAUAGCGAGGAACAAGAGCAUGUGAACGGUAAUAAUGCAAUGGUAACGAUCACAUGUUGGCGUCACGACACAGACAUAUAUCAAACAACAGGUCUUCAGAGAUACGGAAUAAGGUUCCAAAAUGGCCGAUUAAUUGUCCCUGUAAGCGGUACUUACUACAUAUACUCGUUCCUAGGUCUUACAGAACAACGUCUAACGGACGAAGGAAUUACCAUAGAUUCAACCAAAACCCAAGAAAUAAAACAUGCAAUGCAUAAAUAUAGCGUUAUUGAUGACGAUGACAUGGAAAUCGCAUCAAAUGUGCAGUCUCGUAAAAACACUUCACGAGGUAACGUUAUUUACUACGUGAGUCAUAUAGCAACAUCGGCCUACCUUCACGCUGGUGAUGAAAUAUCAGUUAAAAUAAGCGAUGUUACACUUUUGAAACAAACUGGGAGUAACUACUUUGGCCUGCAUCUAGUAUGAUGCAUCCGGCAUUGGGGAAUUGUCGACGUCGCGUUCGUGUAAUGGCAAUUUUCUGAUCGACGGUCCAUGUGUAAAACGCGAACGCAUUGAACUAAUUGUACGGACAAGUGUAUUUUGAAACAUGCAUCUCUUUUAACUUUUUAUGUAACAUUAUACUUAAAUGGACUAGACACCAGAUGGUCCCAAAAUCUGAAAAUACAUUUUUGCCUAGGAAGUCAGACUAAAGAGGUCAAAACGAGCUAUUAUAAUACUAAUAUUUUACACCAUUUAAAGAAACAACGCAACAAAUAUGUGAUCCAACGAGCCAUCUCCGAUGAGUUCCCCGUUUAGAGAUGGAGCGGAAUGGUUACCUCGUGUAAGAAUAGCGCGGACUAUAUAUUUUCCAAACACCUUGAAAGUCACGUGAUCAUAUCACACACAUAGCUUUCAAAAAGCGUUUUAGCCAAUUCGCUGUCAAUUUAAGCACUUCAAACGAUUCCAUCGAUCAAUUUCAUCACCGAUGUUGAUCAGUCAGGCUAGGUGUCUUCAUUGUUUGGCAGCUGUUUUCCGUUCAUUGUACUUUCCGUAGUUUUGGUAAGACAUGAAGUGUGUAUAUUUGGUAUGUGAAAUGAGGUGAUGAGUGGCGAUAAAUAUACCAACGCUUUUUCUAAAACUUACCGUGUAGACAAUCGGGAUUAUUUUUGAAAACAAAAAUCUGCGAAAAAUGCGUCGUAAGCGAUGUGAUUUGCCAGUAAAUAAGAUUAAAUUCGAUUAACAUAAUGAUAUAAAUUUUAUGUACGUUUUCUACAAUUGUUUUUCUUGCAAUUGUAUCAUCUGGUGUCUAGUUAAACUACAUUGCUUACAUUUUUGCUAUAGUUGUCUUGUGUUUUUCUAGAGUUAAAAUUGUUGUGCUGAUUUUAAAAUGUAUUUUCAGGACAUGAAAUGGCACUUUUUUUAUUUAUUUCAAGUUUUCCAGUCGUUUACAUCGUCAACAAGUACAUUGCUAGUUGAUUUAAUAAGACGAAAGUCGUUAUUAUGCAACAGCUGAUUAAAAAAUAUAUCUAUCUUUAUAUAAUGAACUAUAAAAUCGAACGUUCUAAAUCAUCGCACAUAUUUUAUCUAUAAUUAUAAUAAGAUUAGUCCAGGUUUUACCUAUACAACAUAU